AUGCAGCUGUUGGGGCGCGGAAAGCAGGAGCUGUACCUGCUUAAAUGCAGCGGCAGCAGCGAUGCGGAAGAGCAGUCAAUCUUUCUGUACUCUUUCCCCUCCACACUCGUUGACGUUGCUCUAAUACUCUCACGCUCGUUGUACCAGCGCAUCAAGUUGAGCGUUGAACUCGCUAAAGCGCAUCUGAUCGUGAUGCUACAUCUCUUGUCCAAAUGCCUUCCUUUCCUGGCACUGGUGCCCUCGGUCGCAUCUCAGACCCUCGGGUCCUUCCAAGACGUCCUCGGCGGCAAUGAGAAUCUUACAUCUUUCGCGUCGUUUCUCCAGAACUAUACGGACAUAUACGGCGCCCUCUCAUGGUCCCGCGAUUUCACACUGCUGGCGCCGAGCAAUGACGCCAUGGACCGGAUACCAUACACCUCUCUCAACACCGUCUUCGAUAGCGCCGACAGGGACGCCAUUGGCGCCGUUCUGCAAUAUCAUGUUCUAAGCGGCAUUCGGCGGACUGAGGAAGUCUCCAGUAGUCUUCAGUUCUUCCCAACCUGGUUGACCAAUGCAACAUACGCCAACGUAACAAAUGGGCAGCGGAUCGGACUGGUUCAGCAAGCCGGAGAUGUCCUUAUUGCGGUCUCGGGAGGGGGAGCGAGGUCGACUGUUACGUCUCGGAACAUCCAAGCCAGCAAUUGCAUGAUACACAUCAUUGAUAACCUCCUCAUCCCACCCCUACCCUUUACCGCCAGCGCUGUGCAAUUUAACCUGACCGCCAUCGCCGGCGCAUUCGAAGCUGCUGAUCCAACCGACUACGUCUCGACAGCAUCAGACAUCACAAUCUUCGCCCCAAACAACGAAGCCAUGCAGGCAAUCGGCGGCACGCUCCAAAACCUGAGCUCAACCGAGCUGGCCUCCCUAACAGACUACCACGUCGUCAACAACAGCGUGCUCUACUCCUCCGCCUUCGGAAACGGCACGACCCUCACAAGCCGCAAUGGCCAACAACUAACAGUCCGCGUUGGCGGUAACAGACUCUUCGUUAACUCGGCCCAGGUCAUCCAGCAGGAUCUCCUAAUCGCGAACGGCGUGAUUCACGUACUGGACAAUGUACUGUCGCCCAAUGCGUCGGCCGCGGCGCCGAACCUGGAGGUUGGGACUCAGGCGCCCGUCGUGCAGGGCAGCGCGGUGGCGGAUGUGCCGUUUACGACCUUUUUGCCGUGCACGACGUGUACGACUGAGACGAGUACGUCAGCUACGGCGACGACGACAAUGAGGACGACGUCUUCGACGGCGCAGGGUGCGAGUGCUAGUCGGACUGGGGCAGCGGAAGUACGGAGACCGAAUGGGCUGUCUGGUGCAUUGGGGUUGGUGGCUGUUGCAGCGGCUUUGGUGUAA